CUGAUCAAUUUUCACCCGUUGAGGUUGAACAGCCGUCCGACACUCCGACAGCCUGCCGUCGUCGACCUUUUCCUUUGGCGUUCUUAUCACUUGCACUUGGUGGUGCCCGCAGCCGAUUAUUUUUCUAGAAUUACGAUCAGUUUUCUGGUUGCCGUCGCAUUUCUCGAACCAGUCUAGCUCCUUGCAAGAAUUUUGACGCUCACAAUGGCCGCUUCCACCAGAGUUUUCUCCAGAAUCGCAGUAUGCAAUUUGAUGGGAAUACGAUCAUCGUCAAAUACAGUUGAUCCACGCAUCUAUGCUGAAACAAGAAAAAAUUUACUACUUACUAAAGAUACUAAAGUAAUCUGUCAAGGAAUGACUGGUAAACAAGGAACUUUCCAUUCUACCCAAGCUAUUGAGUAUGGAACUCGUAUGGUAGGAGGUGUCUCCCCUGGAAAAGGUGGAAAAACUCAUUUAGGUUUACCAAUUUUUAACUCUGUCAAAGAAGCAAGGGAUGAAACUGGAGCGGAUGCUACAGUUAUUUAUGUACCACCCCCAGGCGCCGCAAAAGCAAUCUCAGAAGCUAUUGAUGCUGAGGUUCCUUUAAUUGUUUGUAUUACAGAAGGAAUUCCCCAGCAAGACAUGGUACGAGUGAAACAUAAAUUAAUUAGACAGAACAAAUCUAGAUUGCUUGGACCUAAUUGUCCUGGAAUCAUUGCUCCAGAACAAUGUAAAAUUGGUAUUAUGCCCGGUCAUAUCCAUUUAAAAGGAUCAGUUGGUGUUGUGUCUCGGUCAGGUACACUUACUUAUGAAGCAGUUCAUCAAACAUCUCAAGUUGGUCUUGGACAAACGUUGUGUGUUGGUAUUGGUGGUGAUCCAUUCAACGGUACUGAUUUUAUAGAUUGUUUGGAAGUAUUUUUACAAGACCCAAAUACACAUGGUAUUAUUCUAAUUGGUGAGAUUGGCGGUCAACAAGAAGAAAUGGCUGCUGAAUAUUUGAUAGAACAUAAUUCCGGUCCAAAUGCCAAACCAGUUGUAUCAUUCAUUGCUGGAUUAACAGCACCACCUGGCCGCAGAAUGGGCCAUGCUGGAGCAAUCAUAUCUGGUGGAAAAGGUGGAGCUCAAGACAAAAUUAAUGCAUUAGAAAAGGCUGGUGUGGUCGUUACAAGAAGCCCAGCUGCUAUGGGCAUUGAAUUAUCAAAAUUGAUGAAGAAUUAAAUUCAUAAAUUAUUUGUUGGCUGUUAGUUUGGUAUUAUAUUUGUAAACUAUGGUGAUAUAGACUUAACGCGUUUUACCUUUGUAUUGAUUAGGUUAAAAUGGCUUCGAUUAGGAAUAAUAAAUAAAUUAUUUUCCCUAUUAAUUUGAAAAUUCCAUUUAACCAUUAAAUACAAUGCAAAUGGUACUUUACAAUCCUUAAAUAAAUUUUGGUAAAAAAUUACUAUAUUAUUAUAAUUACAAAAUUUUGCUUUCGCUGAAGUCUGAAAAAUAAAUUAAAAAAUUGGCACAAAAGGAAGAAGUUAGCUGCACUUCUUUGAUUAUUUUAUUUGAAUUUAAUCUGUGGAAUUGUACAGAUAGAAUUUGUAUUUUCAUCAUAGUAUUAAAACCUAACAUUUUGUAAGUUAUAUUGAACUAUGUUAACCACUUUUAAAAUGUUAAAAUAUAAUUUUAUGUUAUUUUAUUUUAUCAACUGCAUUAUCAUAUCGUAUGCAUUAGAAAACUACUAGUUAAAAUCUUCUUAAAAUCUGUUCAUUAAACAUAGAAAAUUGUCAUAACCAAAAGAAACAAGCUUAAAAAAUAAAUACAAUUUGGUAUUGUUUUGUCUAUAAUGACAACUAAAUA